AUGAUAGGACCUCCGACCUCUCCUAUUGGGCUCCUUGUUGCUCUGGCCAUAUCGAUUAGAGCGGUCCAUCUGGUGCUACUCCGUGUUCUGUCAUAUGUCAUACCGCCAUUCGACGACUCGCAUACCAUCCUUUCAAACACCCUCUUACCGGGGCUAAGAUGGGACGCAAUCCAUUUCAUGUCUAUAGCAAAGAGUGGAUAUGAGUGGGAACAGCAACUUGCUUUUCAACCGGGAUGGAUGGCCAUGUUGCACGCGGGAGGACGAGGACGAGCUUGGGCUGCUGGAAAAGUGGUCGGCGUAGAUGAGCUGGUAUGGGCUGGGAUGAUUUUGGCGGCAGUUAGCUGGAUAGGAGCAGCUGUUAUGCUUGACAAGACUACGUCUUAUCUUUUCAACUCAAGAUUUGCCUUCCUCACAACCUUAUUAUAUCUAAUACCACCAACUCCCAUCCCUUCAUUGCCAUACACCGAACCAUUGUACGCUUUAACGACAUUCACGGGAUUAUACCUCCUAACAGUAAAAAGACAAUAUCUGUUCUCAGGUAUCGCAUUCGCCGCGUCAACUGGGAUCAGAGCAACUGGGAUAUUCAAUGUCUUGAUUCUUAUGGGUAUAGCUAUUAUCGGAGAUGUCAGACCUCGAGAUCUGAGGGUAAAGAAAUUCGUCAAACGUUGCUUAACUCAUUCCUGGAAAGCUGUCAUACCUUCCUUAAUAUCGAUAGUCCCCUUUCUAGCUUUCCAACUGUACGCUUAUAUGUCCUUCUGCGGUCAAUCUGGGAUUUCAAGUAGACCAUGGUGUGAGAAUGGGCUACCUUCUGCGUAUGGAUUCGUUCAAAAAGAGUAUUGGGGCAACGGUUUAUUCAAGUAUUGGACGAUCUCAAAUAUCCCAAAUAUCAUUCUUCCUCUUCCGAUAAUUUUCAUUUCAUUCCUCGGUACAUACAAAUACUUGAAAUCUCUCAUCCAGCCAAAACCCACUCAACCAUCACCAAAGCCCGAAUUACUAGUGAUAUACAUUCAUCACAUACUCAUGAUGUCACUGAUGUUAUUCGCUUCUCACACUCAAAUCUUAUUGAGAACUUGUAUUACCGAUCCAGUGAUUUGGUGGAAUAUGGCUGGAUUAGCAGUGGAUUGGGGAGGGGGACAGGGCAAGAGUAUAAAGAUGACUCGGAUCGGUAAAUGGUGGAUAGGAUGGACACUCAUUUGGGGUGCAAUUUCUACUGUACUUUGGGUAGGUCAUUAUCCACCUGCAUGA